UGGUAUCAUUGUAUUCGUCUCAUUUAAAAAAGAUUAUGAGAACAUGAUAUAAGCAGCUCUCUCUUUUAAUCAAAUUAGUUGUCUGAUAUUAUUAAGCAAACUAACAAACAUCAUAAUCUUUUACUCUGUUUUGUUUAUGUACUCUGAUUGAAGGAAACAGAUCAUUUCCAGACUGCCAAAAGUGCUUGCAGAUAUCCAGGUGCGGCUCAGGAGUUGUCACACAUUCACUGACACACCAAAGCUAUAAAAGCCCUGUGUUAGACAGAAAACAGCGCCUGGGGACAAUUUUAAGCUUUUUCUUUUGCACUUGAGGGAAGGAAGUCAGUCAUACACACUUGGAACGACUUGCAUGUGCAACGAUGAUAAGCUUUGACUAGAUGCCCCUUUGUUCUCACCCUCUCCAGUCGGAUGACCUCUGUUCUACUUUAAAGAGUUUGGGCAAAUCUGAAAUGGAUCCUUCGUUGGCGGUGCUCCGAAACGCUGGUCUCUGUAGUGUGGGGGUCUGGAUCUGGAUCUUUGGGGCCUCACUGAGUCCAGGCUAGUUUGGCUUUAUCUCCCUCAGUGCUGCAGCUGUCUACUGACUGACCUGAUAUCCCUGAAGGACGGUUCAUUCUGCUGUGGUGACCCCUGAUAAAUAAGGAACUAAGGCGAAGGAGAUGAAUGAUAUCCCUCAAGAUCCAUCAUAACUCAAUCAUUGAAUCAACAGCCAGCACUUACGCCUUCCUCACGCUUUGUCCGUCAGAGGAAAAGUCCCUGGGUCCUAUUCAUCUGGGAGAGAGAAGAGAGUUGUGAAGCCGCCGUGCACAUAGACUGUGAACACAGAGGGGAGCAGGUCAAGGCCAGCGCUAGGACAGAGGGAGGAAGAGUUUGAUUAGGUGACCACAGUUACAUAUUCCCCAUAGGAGAUGAAAAAGGGCAGCCGUUUCCUGUGAAAAUAGAGCGGGACACAAAGAGCUCUUUCAGGGUUUGGGCGGCCCGUUGCAGAAGCUCCUUCAUGCCCCCAACGCCAGCCUGCCUGACUCACAGAGACCCAGCCAGAGACUGACACAGAUUACACUGGCUUUGAUGGAUCUGUAUUCAGCUCUAUAUUAAGGUUGUGUGACUGGACCACUUUGGUGGAAAACACAUCGUCCCGAGAGACCAGCAUUACCAUGAGAUCCUACCUGGAACAAUGUGAUCGGCCACGGGGCUGCCACCCCGCCUCCGUCCAACACUAGCCCUGGGAUUUCACCUCGUCCUUGAGAGACCAGCGCAAAUCAACACAGAUAAGACAUCCCGACCCUGUUCACCUAACCCGGAGGGUCGUUUUCCUUCGAGACACGUGGACGGAGACGUACGCGACACUAGGGACCGAAGAGCUCCAGCCUCUAUAGAGGGACUCAGACAGGGUGGGAGGAGAUCCCAGCAGGGUUCAGCUCCUCACCAAUGGGUUUAUGGUCUGAAGACGAGCAGCACUCAUCUCUUUCACAUCCUUUGUAGACUGUUCUGAGCGAUCCAGCCACAAAUUCACACUCUCUGCAGGAGGAAUGAAGACAGGUGAAGCUGAAGACAGGAUGUCUUCCAAGCGACCAGCCUCUCCAUAUGGGGGAACAGAUGGAGAGGUAGUCAUGGCGACGAGCAGACAGCGAUUGGAAGAUGAAGAGGUUGACGGACAUGCUGUCAUUCACUUGCCCCUGAGUUCGUACUGCAGCAAGGUGUCCCCGCGAUCUCCUCGACUACUCGACAGCCCCCCAACACUACACGCAAACAUGGAUCAGGAUGGCAGUAAAGGCCUGGCGCUGAGCCCCUACGCCCAGCACAACUCGUCUACCUCACCCAGUAAACAGCAGCAGGAGGACAGCUCAAUGAGGCCGGGCAGUGAACCCGGCUCUGCAUCAGCUCUGGGCACACCGGAGAGACGCAAGGGCAGCCUAGCUGACGUGGUCGACACGCUCAAACAGCGCAAGAUGGAGGAACUCAUCAAGAACGAGCCAGAGGAGGCCCCCAGUAUUGAGAGGCUGUUGUCUAAGGACUGGAAGGACAAGCUAUUGGCCAUGGGUUCUGGCAACUUUGGAGAGAUCAAAGGCACCCCGGACAGUCUGGCGGAGAAAGAGCGGCAGUUGAUGGGGAUGAUCACGCAGCUCAGCAGUCUCCGAGAGCAGUUACUGGCUGCCCACGAGGAGCAGAAGAAACUGGCUGCUUCACAGAUUGAAAAACAACGCCAGCAAAUGGAGUUAGCAAAACAGCAACAGGACCAGAUUGCACGACAACAGCAGCAACUUCUGCAGCAACAACACAAAAUCAACCUCCUGCAGCAACAGAUCCAGCAGGUCCAGGGUCAGUUGCCUCCGCUGAUGAUUCCAGUGUUCCCUCCAGAUCAGAGAACUCUGGCAGCCGCUGCAGCACAACAAGGAUUUCUACUUCCUCCUGGAUUUAACUACAAACCGGGAUGCAGUGAACCUUACCCUCUACAGUUAAUCCCUACGACUAUGGCGGCCGCUGCUGCGGCAACACCUGGCCUUGGUCCUCUUCAGCUGCAGCAGUUGUAUGCAGCUCAGCUAGCUGCCAUGCAGGUGUCUCCGGGGGCCAAACACAGCACAGUGCCUCAGGCCAACCUGGCAACCGGAACACUCUCGCCCACCAGCGGCCAGAGCGAGAAAAACAGAAGCACCCCACCACCAAAGCCCAAGGACGAGGGCGCUCAGCCCUUGAAUCUGUCGUCCAAGCCUAAGGCAUCCGAGAGCAAGUCACCCACCUCCCCCGCUUCCCCACAGGUCCCUGCCCUGAAGCUGGGCCCCGGGUCCCUGAAGCACAGCGCACCCUCCAGCAUCGGAGGACCGCCAUCCAGGCUCAGCUCAAUAGACCUGUUAUCAUCCAUCACCUCUGCCGGCUACCUGAAUGACCAUGAGGCCGUGACCAAAGCUUUCCAGGAGGCCCGAAAGAUGAAAGAACAGCUAAAGAGAGAGGAGCAGGUUCUGGACGCCAAAGUAGCAGCAGUCAACAGCUUGAGCCUCAACAACGGACGCUCAGAGAAGGUUCGAUUCAUGGAAAAAGCUGCUCUCGAGAGCCUGAGCCAGCAGUUAAAACAGUCUGAAGAGAGUAAGUUCACCCAUGCAAUGAUGGACUUUGGCAUCAGUGGCGAUUCAGAUGGAAGCCCAAGUGUGUCGGACUCGCGGAUCUUCCGAGAGGCUCGAGGGCGUGGCAGCAGUGAACCACACAUCAAGCGACCCAUGAAUGCCUUUAUGGUCUGGGCUAAAGACGAGAGGAGAAAAAUCCUUCAGGCCUUCCCUGACAUGCAUAACUCAAAUAUCAGCAAGAUCCUCGGUUCUCGUUGGAAGUCGAUGACCAACUUGGAAAAGCAGCCAUACUAUGAAGAACAGGCCCGUCUUAGUAAGCAGCACCUAGAGAAAUACCCAGACUACAAAUACAAACCACGGCCCAAACGCACCUGUCUGGUGGAUGGAAAGAAGUUGCGCAUUGGUGAAUAUAAGGCAAUCAUGCGCAAUCGCAGACAAGAAAUGCGGCAGUACUUCACUGUGGGACAGCAGGCCCAAUUGCCUUUGUCUUCAGCAGGCGUUGUGUACCCGGGUGCUCUCUCUAUGGCGGGAAUGCCCUCUCCACAGAUGCCCUCUGAGCACUCAAGCAUGUCAAGUAGCCCCGAACCAGUCCCACCCACCAGCCAAGCCUCUUAUUUCAAAGAGGUGGAGCCUCGUGUGAAGGAGGAGCUGAGAAUGGACGAUGGCAACGGUGAUGCCUAUGAUGACUUUGACUACGAGGACGAUGAUGGAGACUAUGGCAGCGACAGCGAGAAUCACAUCACUCAGUAAACCUGCAAAUCACAACCAACUCACCAGUCACCUGGCAUCUCACGUAAACAAACUUAAUUCCACCCCAGACACCGUCCAAUCAGGACCCCUCCCGAGCCAAGCCUGAUAUCAACGGCAAAGCACAGGAUCUGUCAAUCAAUGUGACUGUUACAUGAACAGGAGGGUCUUGUGAAGGAAGUGUAACACUUGCCUUGACUCUCGCUGAGCGAACGUGCCGCGGCAAGUUCAUAUUGUAUCACGAGUAAGCUACGACAACAUAGGAGAAAUGACCAGUUUGUUAUUGAGACAUUUAUUUCUAAGGACCUGUCAGUCGACCCGUCAUAGACACUUUAAAACGGUGGACCUGUUUGUUUCUAAAGAGACACUUUUAAACAGCUUUUUUUUCUUGGUUCUAUAAUAUUCUCACUCAGGUACACAGUGCCAACAAGUGGCUUGUGAAUGUGAUUUUGUUGUUUUUGUGCUACAGUUUUAAUAGAGAAAAAAAGACGUUUAUUUUCCUCUUCACCGUAAAGCACCUGACAAGAGUAAAACGACAAACAUUUUGCUUUUUUUUUCUCUUUGGCUUGCUAUUAGCUAAAUCUUUCUAUCAUCCUCACGCCCAUGUCCUCUCACUCAAAGAUUUCUUUUCUUUUGGAUGGAAGGGAGAAUUCGCGUCCCUUCACUCAGGAGUUCGGACACCGCUGGAUGACAGACAAUCCCUCCGUCCUCACAUCUUUUCCUCUUGACACACUUUUACUGUUCCUUUCUCUUCCUCUUCUGGGGAAACUUUGGAUGUUGACGUCUCUCUCAGGUGUGGAGACAAACUUUAUGAGAUAGCACAAACCUUGUGUUUGGUGAACAGCUGACAUGGCGAUGGUUAUGGUGGAGAGUGAAGCCUCGAGCAGAAUUAUUGUAUGCGUGCACAUUUCUUUAUGUUUGUGUGUGUGUGUGUGUGUGUUUGGAUGAACGCGGCUUUUGCUAGGUUUUAAGUUAAUUUUUAUUACAUAUGGACCGUUGAUGUGCUGGUCAUGUGAACAUUUACAAAAAAAAAUAAUAAUAUUCAAUGCGUACGAUUCAUGCAGAAGAAACCCAAAAAAGAACACUGCAUUUCCUUAUUUUUCUUUAUGUUUUUGUUUUGUUUUUCCUCAUUUUUUCUUUCAUUUUCUUCCGUCUUUCUCUUUGUCUCCCUGAACAACUUGUUUUUGUCAUCACAGGGUGCACCUCAACCCGAAAGCAAAAGAGGAGACUCGCAGAGAAAAGCUCUCUAGAGAAGAGUCUGUGUUUGAAUGGAGUAUUGAAGGCGGAGAAUAGAGUUCCCACAAGCCCCAGUGUUCAAAGCACAGCUCUGAGAGAAAGCAGGGAUCUCUGUACAAGACAAGCACGAGUGUGCGUUUCAAUCAGCGCCCCUUAAUAUAUCACACAUCUCUCUCGUCCUCCGCAGGGGUUUGUGUUCCGUCUCUCUCCUCUCUUUAUUUCCUAUCUAUCACUUGGUUGAUCAGUGCAGAGGAGUCUGUGAGUCGUGCCAUCAGUCAUCGCUCUCUGUGUGGCUCUGACUGACCCACUCCAUCUUACUGCACCUGUGUGGCGGCUGUUGGCACGGCGAUGGCGUUUGAUUGACGGCUGCCCUAACUGUAACUACUCUGCCAGCCUGUCUCUGGCCUGGUGUGGGCAUAAGCGGGCAGCUGGAUGAGAGAGACACACAAGCUGUUAGGUGAACAGCGGCCAGACUCCUGCCAUUAAUAUCUCCGUGUUCUCCCUUUACGUCCACCCAAAAUCCGUCCACUCACAGCACAUAUCAAACUCUAUACUUUUUUUUUGGCCUACUUGAGAUUGUUUUGGAAGAAAAAGUUCCAGGUACUCUGAUGCCAGCAGCGCUAGCAAAUUGAUGACCGACGCUCGUCUCUGUCUAGUUCAUUGGUUUCAAUGAGGCCGUCUCGUCUCUGUUUGUAUCUGUGUUUUGCCUCCAUGUCAACGUCACUCUGCUGUUGAGGUUGAGAGGAGCUGUUUCAGACUUUGCAUGUCAAUGUUUUAGUUUGUAUUUGCAAAUACUGUAUUUUAUUUUUAUCAUUAAAACUGCCUCUAGUGUAAUAAUAUUAUUAACAAUAAUUAUAAAAAUAGGCAGCAUUUCCUGAGUUUAGUAAGUUAUGUACAGUAUAAUUUAUUAUUUUCCUCCAGUUGGAUUUUUUUAUGAUCGUAUGGAAACUGCGCUUGAUAAAGCAUUAUAUUUAGCUGGGUAGGUAUUUAGAUCUAAUUAUUAUGUUUCGUUUUGUUUUUGUUACUGUUUUUUUGUUUGUUUUUUGUUUUUUUAUCCUGUUCUGACGCUGGUAUAUUUCUGAAAAGUGGUCACGGUGAACUGCUGAUAUGAAGGAAAAGAGACAUUUCUCUUUUUUCAUUUUCUUUUUCUCCUCCGUGCAUCGUUCAUGAACUCCAAACACAUUUCUUAAAGCACUAGGACUCUGGACACUCGGAGACAAACAUAAGAAGAACCUGAUAUUUUUAUUUGUAAUGGUUUAUGUAUAAUGUGAAGUUUCCUAUCUGUUAAUUCUCUUUUUCUUUUGAUAAAGAAAACAGCUAUAUUAUACCCCAACUGCUAUUGAACAGAAAGAGCGUUGAUCUUGUUUACUGAUAUUUGUCAUCCUCUCUCUUACAUUUCAUUGGAACAUCAUUGGCUUGGACAAAUGCUUUUGUUUACCUGUUGUGUUGAAUUAUAGUACAAAUCGAGGAUCGUUCACCCCCCAAAAAUGACAAAACAUGUAUCACUUACUUUCUUCUGCAGAACGAACCAGUUGAAGAGACGUUGAAGCUCUAAAAAGAAAGAAAAGCAUCAUUAAAAUGUGCUGCAUUCAACUGUGCUACAUAUAGUCCAAUAAAUCUAUAUGAUUGCUUUGUGACGGUCAUAAUUGACUUUAAAUUUAGCUUUUCAUUGCAGGAGAGUAAGCAACUUUGGUUUUCACAGAAGAAAAAAGUUGAGCUUGUUUUGCACGGCUUGGUGGCAGGUGAACUACUCCUUCCAGAAUUGCUGAUCAGAUUGUCUGAUUCCAGUGACGCUCCACUGAACACCCAUAUUAGAUGUUUUAUCUCCAGAAUUGUUUUAGCUCCACACGAUGUCUCCCUCUGUCAAUCAAGCUCAUGAUAGUGACAUUACAAUCACACCUUUUUCAGACAACGAAAGUCACAAUCAUUGAAAAGCCGCCAUCUAGUGUGACCAUGUUUCAUAAAUCCCACAAUCAUAUCAUUUGACAGGCACACUCAUGCUGGUUUAACGUACAAGCUCACGGCCUGUCUGCACGGGAACCUCAUGGUCUAAAUGAACACCCCUUAUUUUGAUGAUGGCCUGUAUUACGAACAAUAAUUGAAAAGACAAUCAAAGUCAUGUGUGGAGCUCAAAACAAGGUAAAUGACAACAAACAAAAAGUACUUAGAAACUUAUCUUACCAUCUCAACUUGAAAACUGAGAAAGAUAAUUAUGUAAAUAUAGCAUAGAGUUAUAGAUUUAUAUUUUGUUCAUAACACAGUGUAAUAUAAGUUGUAUAUUUCUUUCUCUCUUUUAUUGAUGUUAUUCAUGCCACAAUAAAAGUAAGAGUCACUGUACUCUUAUGGAAAAAAGAAGAAAAAAAAAAAGCAAGCCGUGGGUUACCACCAUCUGUUCUAAGUUGACGUUUUUCAGUAUUACUGCCAGUCAAGGCUCAAAUAAAAACAGCAACGUGUUCUGUAUCUCUA